CGAAGGAAACAUCGCGAUACUUCAGUCUUCUCGUCCUGCGCUGUGUGGUUAGCUCAGCUAGCUUUCAUCUACGCAUGAGGAUAAGAAGAUCCAGAGAAGAGGACGUUCAGGGAUGCUAACGUUCAGACCCUUUUGAGCUUCUUUAUCUUGACUCUUGUACUGAAAACGAGCCGGACGGCGGCGUCAUGUCUCAGAAGUCGCAGUCAGACGGGGGUCAGAAGCACUUCGCCGUGGGCCGGGGGCUCCUGGCCGCCGCAGAGACCUUGAACUUCAGCAUGAACGAGCAGCGAUCCAGCCGGCUGAUGGGGGGCGUGGCCUCAGGUGUGGGGGUGGGCGGCAGCAUGGACAACCAGGACCCCCAGAUGUCCCGGCGUGGUGGCGGUAGCCACAUUGGCAACACCAUGAAGCUGUUUGCCAGCUUGGGGUUGUCGCCAUCCGACCUGGACGCUCUGGCCGAGAUCCCAGAAGAGGACAUCAGCGUGGAGACGCUGCCGCGCAUUCUCAUGCAGCUCAAGAGCCGCAAGGGGGAUGCAGGAGAGCGGCGGGGGGGGGGCACGUCCUCCAUGUCCUCCGGCGGCGGGUACCGAGGAGGACGGGACUGGGACCACGUGGGGAGGAUGGGCGGUCCUUCUUCUCUGGGUCCUGGUUCAGCCCGGGUCCAGACCUCUGCAGACUUUGGGUACAGUUCACUGCAGGACGGCGCUCCCAGCCGGGGCUACGGCUUGAACUACGGCGGCGGUGGUGGUGGGGGGGGCAGCAGAGACAGGCCGUACUCGGAGCUUUCCCACCAUGACUCCUACGGGGGGCUCAACAUGGGGCCGCCGACCUCCGACCCCGGCUUUAGUAGGAACAGGAGGAUGGGCCCCCCGUCCAACGGGAAGAUCCAAGACUUCUUGGGGGUCACGCCCCCCAUGUUGCCCCACGUGUGCUCUCUUUGUGACUUUGAUGUUCACUCCAUCAUGGAGUGGAACCAGCACACUAACGGACUACGACACGAUGAGAACAGACGGCUGCUGCUCAACAUGUAUCCAGACUGGGACCCUGGAAGGACUUCAGGUAGAAGUGGGAGUCUUCUGGACCCCCCCAACAUGUCUGCAGGGCUGCUGGGACCGGCCCCCAUGUCUUCAGCUCAGACGGGAGGAGGGAUGUCCUCCAGCUGGGGAGGAGGUGGAGGAGGUCCUGGUCUGUCAGGAAAGAACCAGUCUGGACAGAAUAAGCUGAGGAGCAGAGUGGUGGUGGUGAAGUACGACAGGAAGCCUUUAAGCAACAAGACUUUGUUCUCCUUCACCGAGCCGUUCGGCCUCCUGACAGAACACCUGGUCCUGAAGAACCAGGCCUUCCUGGAGAUGAGCAGCCACGAGGAGGCUGUGGACAUGGUGACCUACUACGAGCAGCACCAGGCGGCUCUGUACGGGAAACCGGUCACUUUCUACCUGUCCAGGAGGCUGCUGGUCAUCGAGAAGGACGAGCAGGCCGCUGACAGGUCCGUGGACAGACCCGCCAGGGAGGUCAAAGGUCAAGGCAGCCAGGUGGUGUUCUUCUCCAACCUGCCCAGAGAGGAGGAGAAGAAAAAGGAGCUGCUGACCGUCGCUGGACGCUUCGGAGUCGUGGAGAAACACCUGUUCCUAACCGACCAGGCAUUUGUCCAGCUGGGUUCGCCUGAGGACGCUGAGAUGUUGGUGAAGUAUUACAGCGUGAACCCGCUCACCAUCAAAGGGAGACCGAUCCGCCUCAACGUCUGCACCAAGUACAAGACCCUGACGGUGAACCGGAGACAAGGAGGAGACGGUCGAAGCCAGAGGAGCAGCAGCUCCGGAACCAGGACCUCCACCAACAACCCCCCCAGGACCUCCUCAUCCAAAUCCUCAUCCAGGACCAGAGAGGAGAAGAAGAAGGAGGAAGAGGAAGAGGAGCUGAAGCCUGAGGAGCAGCAACCUGCAGCAGAGGAGGAGGAGGUGUCAGGAGUGAUGGAUGGGGAGGAGGAGGAGGAGCAGGUGACUGAUGGAGAUGCAGAGGGGGAGGAGCCACAAGGAGCAGCAGAGGAGCAGGAGGAGGUCAAACAGGAGGAGGUUCCUGGCAGUGAUGAUGUCACCGAAGACCGACCUGGAGAUGUGGGCGGGGCUGAAGUUGAGGUCAGGCAGGAGGCGGAGCCAGAGGGACGGACAGAACGGACAGAAACCGACGUCUCUGCUGAGGAACCCGAGAACAAAGAAGAAGAACCGGACGCAGAACCAGGAGACGGUUCAGACACGGUGGAGGGAGAGCUACCUGCUGACCAGUUCGAUCGAGACUUCCUGGAGAACAUGGAGGACUUUGUGACGCUGGACGAACUGGACGAGGACGAGGACGAAGCAGACGGAGAGUCCGACUCCACCGACAACACCAGGAGAGGAGGUAUGAGAGUUGUGAACAUCGUGGGUUUCAGACGAGGUUACAACUUCAUGAACGAGCUUCAGGGACUCGCCAAACCUUUUGGGAAGGUGGUGAAACACUUGGUUCUGGACCUGAGACCAGAGGCGUACCUUCAGUUCACCACGGAAGAAGAAGCUCGAGCGAUGGCCAGCUUCUACAAUAGUAACAUCACAGCGUCGGUGUGCGGUCGACCGGUGAGAGUCAGUCACUCUCUGAGCUACCCAACCAUCCAGUGCGGAUCUAGCAGGGUGGUCUACGUGGGUCAGAUCCCCAACACUAAAUACUCCGACGACGCCAUCUUGAAACUGACGGAACCGUUCGGGAGAGUCAAGAAGUAUUUCCUCAACAGGCUGAAGAGAGAGUGUUUCAUAGAGAUGGAGAAAGCUGAGGAGGCAGAGAAAAUGGCAGAAGAUUGCAAAGCGAAUCCUCCGAGGUUCAACGGGAAACGUCUGACGGUCUACGUCAGCAGGAAGUACAGACGGCUCAAACACGGACAUCAAUGUCCAGACAGAACCAAGAGAGAGAACAGCAGCAUGUCUCCUAAAUCCUCCAAACAUCCUGAAGAACCUCCUGCUAAGAGAUCUAAGGAGGAGAAACCAGAGGAGGAGGAGCAGAAGGAGGAGGAGGAGAAGAAACCAGAGGAGGAGGAGAGACCAGAGGAGGAGCAGAAGGAGGAAGAAGAGGAGUAUAAGGAGGAACAGGAGAACAAAGAAGAAAAGUCUUCAGAGAAGAUUCUGGAAGUGUCUGAUCAGGAAGAGGCGGAGCUGAAGGAGGCGGAGCAGAUGGAGACGUCGUCCAAUCACAACGGAGAGACCGACGCCCCCCCGCCGGCUGAAAACAAACCCAGUGUGGCGUCUCUACCGCUGCCCCCCCACGAGCCCAACACGCCCAUCGGUGUUGAACACGUGAAGACGGGUUUUUACUGCCGAGUCUGUUUCCUGUUUUACUCCAACGAGGAGAUGGCCAAGAAGACGCACUGUAGCAGCAGGACGCACUAUGACAAGCUGCAGAAACAUCUGGAGAAGGAACAGACCAAAGCAGAGAAGAAGAAAGGGAAGAAGAUGAGCUUCUAGAAGAACUGAAGACUUUUCAUUCUACUUUUUAAUUUGGUCACAUGUUCAGACUUGUAAGACGAGUUAAAUGAACUCACGUCACAGUAAACAGAAGAUGAGUUCAGUCGUGUACUUUAAGCUCUUCAUCAAGUCUCAGAGCUGUUAUAAUGUGACAGGAACUACUUCCUGAGGAACAAGUGAAGUGUGAGACGGAUGGGUACUCUGUUGUUCGUCCAGAAAAUAGUUCCAACUCAAACUGGUUCUUACGUUCAGUUUCUGUAUGUAAACGAGUGACAUUUUAAACUUUCAAUGUCACGAAAUGGAAAAAGUGAAUUUCCUAAAAUGUCAAACUAUUCCUUCAUGUUUCUUUUCAUCAUCAUAGAGAAGAAUGUGUUAAACUUAUGUUGAUUUUUUGGAUUUAUGAAAUAAACCAGUUUCCUCAAAUGUGA